AUGACCUCUAUCCCAGAAAUCAUCCCAGAAACACCGAACUCUUCAGGCUCUGUUACAGCCAACUCACCCACCUUGUCCCAAACAGAUCCAUAUGCCAACCCUCUUUACCUCCAUGCGGCUGAUUCUUCCAGCCUCAUACUUGUUUCCGACAAAUUAGUUGGUGAAUCCAACUAUAAUGUAUGGUCUAGAGCUGUUACCAAAGCUCUCUUGGCAAAGAACAAACUAGGUUUUGUCCUAGGAACUGUCUCUAAACCCGCUGAUGCUCAUGUCGAUUCUGGAUCUUGGGACCGUUGUAAUGCCCUUGUUCUAACAUGGCUUACAAACGCUGUUUCCCCAGAAAUCGCCAGCCUUAUUGUGUAUCUUGAUGAUGCUGCCAAAGUUUGGAAGAACCUGGAAAUACGCUUCAAACAAAAGACCGCCACCAAACUCUACAACAUCCAGCACCAGCUUGACUCCCUCCACCAAGGUGCUUUGGAUCUGAACACCUACUUCACCAAACUCACAUCUCUGUGGGAGGAGCUGAAAAAUCACGAACCAUUCCCUGCUUGCACCUGCGGUAAUUGCUCAUGUGAUCUUGGUGGACGUUGGUUAGACCUGAUGGAACGCCGACAUGUCGUUAACUUCUUGAUGAGGUUAAACGACUCGUAUUCUCCGGCCAGAAGGCAAAUACUCAUGAUUGACCCGCUGCCUGACCUCUCCCGAGCUUUCAACCUGGUCUCACAGGAAGAACAACAGCGUCUCACCCUCCCUGGAGGUUCCGAUGCUGCGGCUUUCCACAUCGGUUCCACACUUCAGCCUUCUCGCAGUCGUCCCCUGCUUCCAACGCCCCAGAUUCGCCCUCGACCCACAUGUUCACAUUGCGGCAUGGUCGGACACUUAGCAAGCAAGUGUUACAAACUACAUGGAUACCCCCCUACCCAUAGGGGCUCGUCCACACUAGGCCACCCGCCUUGGACUCCGAAGAACUCUUUUUCUGGCAAACCACGGGUGUUCAACUCUGAGACACCAAGCAAACACGUUAAUAUGAUUGCCAGUCCAUCUGUUACAUCUGAUGUUGCAGACCUUGCUGUUGCUGCCCCAGACCCUAGUCGUUCGGCUUUGGAACAGACCCAGUCCCUGAUUGCUCAGUUUAUCACCCAGCUCCAAGGUCUGCGUAGCUCUCUCUGUGACUCUGAUUUGGCUGCUACCACCUCCAACACCCAACUCUCGCCAGGACCCUAUUCGGGACUUGACGAUUGGGAAGAGUGAUCAAGUCCACAAUCUAUAUAUACUCGAUAUGCAACUUCCUCAUGCUGCAUCUCGCUCUGUUUCGUCCCCACUCUGUACAGCAUCCAUGAUUACCAACCCAGACAUUUGGCACUUCCGGUUUGGUCAUCCGUCCUCUAUCAGAAUCAAGCCUGUUGGCGGCAAUUCUGAUCUGGAAUUUUCACCAGUAAAGGCCAAUACCCUGCAAUGCCAAGUCUGUCCUAUAGCUAAACAACGCAGUCUGCCUUUUCCUUCUACACCUCAUAUGUCUAAAGUCCCUUUUGCAUUAGUCCAUAUCGAUGUAUGGGGUCCUUUCCAUGUCCCAACCAUCAAUGGGCAUAAGUACUUCUUUACUUUAGUAGAUGAUUGUACCAGGGUUACCUGGCUAUACUUAAUGAAAUCAAAGAGCGACGUUUCUUUUCU